AUGGUCUGCCUGGCAGCAGCUGGAAUAGGCAUGCAUGCUAUGGAGCUCAUCAUGGCCAUUGGCGUACCACACCUCGGUGAAGUUGGCGGUACUCUUGGGGCUGCACUCUCUGCUGCCGCUGAGCAUGGCGCUGCUGAGGCCGCUCAGUUGGGCGAGAUCAGUAACUACCCUCUGGCUUUAUCAGCUGUUAUAUCUUCUAUAGUGAUAAAGGAAGGCCUCUUUCGAUGGACCGCCAAUGUAGGGAAGGAGGCCAACUCCUCAGUGGUGGUCGCCAAUGCCUACCAUCACCGCUCGGAUGCCCUCUCCUCGAUCGUAGCCCUUGUGGGCAUCUCGCUGUCGAGCCUGACGAGCCUCGCUGACCCCAUGGCCGGCCUGGUCGUGGCUGCCAUGGUCGGUAAGGUAGGGGUCUCUCUAACCUGGGAUGCUGUGGUGGAGCUUCUCGACAGACGUGUGGCCCAUGAGGGCAUCCUUAAUGACGUUCGAAAAGUCGCCCUGUCGUCCUCCCCGGACAUCAUUGACAUACGCCACCUCCGUGCCAGGAGAGCCGGCCCUUAUAUGAUGGUGGACCUCCAGAUGCUGGUCCCCGAGUCUAUGACCGUCUCGGCAGCUUAUCAGGCGGCCCUUACCCUACGGAAGGCGGUCAUUCAGGCUGACCCUCGAAUUGCAGAAAUGAUGGUAAAUCUGGCCCCAGCUACAACGGAGGAGAUCUCACGUGAGGAGGUGGGGUCGGAGCAAGAGGCCGAGUCCAGGAGUCUGUCAGCGUCCAGGAUUGAAAAGGAAGUUCGAUCCAGACUGGCAGGGUACCUCCCCGUGAGGGAAGUUAUUGUACAUUUUUCGAAUACUGGAGACUCCGACGUUUCCGCCCGAGCGGACAUCUCUAUAGGCUUGCAGUCUACUACGACCUCAACCACUCGGCAUCUCAACGGCUUGGCAGAUGCUCGAGAGGCUGCUGAUGAUGUUAGGGAGAGGUUAGUUGGAGUGAAGGGAUUGGACUCAGCUGCUGUGAAUGUCCGAUUGGACCUCGGCGAUGGAUGUUCUAUGCUGAUGCAGCAGAACUCAAGACUUUCACGACGGUCCAGUCGCGAGCAAAAUCAUCAUACAGUGGAAAGUCGCUGCCAGUAA